AUGGCGUCGAAAAGUGCCAACGGCAACAGUAACAGGAGGGCCUCUCCAGCAGUCAAUUUGAUCGCUGGCGGUGGUGCUGGUAUGAUGGAGGCUCUUGUGUGCCACCCAUUGGACACAAUCAAGGUUCGCAUGCAGCUUUCACGGAGAGCCACGGCGCCGGGGGCCAAACCUCGUGGUUUUGUAGCCACUGGUGCCGAGAUUGUGCGUCGAGAGACCGCGCUCGGUCUAUACAAAGGACUGGGUGCGGUGUUGGGAGGAAUCAUUCCCAAGAUGGCGAUUCGAUUCACCUCGUACGAGUCAUACAAGGGUGCACUGGCAGAUAAGGAGACGGGCAACGUCACCAGCAAAGCUACUUUCCUGGCUGGUUUGGCUGCUGGUGUAACCGAAGCCGUCGCUGUGGUCAACCCAAUGGAGGUUGUCAAGAUUCGUCUACAAGCUCAACACCACAGUUUGGCUGAUCCGCUCGACACACCCAAGUACCGCAGUGCACCCCACGCACUCUUCACCAUCAUCCGGGAGGAAGGCUUCAGUGUACUCUAUCGCGGUGUCUCCCUCACAGCUCUGCGCCAGGGUACCAACCAAGCGGCCAACUUCACCGCAUACACCGAGCUUAAAGCUGCUCUACAACGCUACCAGCCCGAGUACGCCAACGCUCAGCUCCCCUCCUACCAGACCACCUUGAUCGGUUUGAUCUCCGGUGCCGUCGGUCCCUUCUCCAAUGCCCCCAUCGACACCAUCAAGACUCGUCUGCAAAAGACACGCGCAGAGCCGGGUCAGUCUGCUAUCAAUCGCAUCAUGGUCAUUGCCAAGGACAUGUUUAAGACGGAGGGUGCUCGCGCCUUCUACAAGGGAAUCACCCCUCGUGUCAUGCGUGUUGCUCCUGGUCAGGCGGUGACUUUCACUGUGUACGAGUAUAUCAAGGGCAAGUUGGAAGGGUCCAACUGGGCUUUUGUGGGAGGCAAAUUCGAGGAGUAG